UUGGUAACUUGUUGCCUUCUCACCUGCUACUUCGCUUUGAGAACGGCGUGAGAAAGGACGACCCGCGGGCGGCGAAGACCACGACUCCCAGCGCUCCCCGCGCUCGACUUCCUCUUCCGGUCUGGAGGCUGCUGAAACCGAAAGUGCUGUGCUUUGGGCGCCGCGCCGAGAUUGAUUCACCUUCACCUGUGCGGAGCCCCAACGGACCCCAGCAGGAAGCCGGGCGACCAGUCAAAAAUGAACGGAGGAGUGGAUUAUACGGUCGCUGAGGAAGAGAUCAAUCUUACCAGAGGACCCUCGGGGCUGGGCUUCAACAUCGUCGGUGGGACAGAUCAACAGUAUGUCUCCAAUGACAGUGGCAUCUACGUCAGCCGCAUCAAAGAGAAUGGGGCUGCGGCCCUGGAUGGGCGGCUCCAGGAGGGUGAUAAGAUCCUCUCGGUAAAUGGCCAAGACCUAAAGAACCUGCUGCACCAGGAUGCUGUAGACCUCUUCCGUAAUGCAGGCUAUGCUGUGUCCCUGAGAGUGCAACACAGGUUACAGGUACAGAAUGGACCUAUAGGACAUCGAGGUGAAGGGGACCCGAGUGGUAUUCCCAUAUUUAUGGUGCUGGUGCCAGUGUUUGCCCUCACCAUGGUAGCAGCCUGGGCCUUCAUGAGAUACCGGCAAUAACUGUGAAGAACUUGCUUUCUUUCAGUGUUCCCAAUGAAGAUACAUUUCUCUUCCCCUCCUCCCCUGCCAUUCUCCCAUAUCUUUUCCUCUCUGCGUAGCCAACACGUGAUUUAAAAUGACUGCUACCAACCCUGAACCUUGUUGUUCAAAAUCUUCAAAUCUUCAUAUUCUAAUGGAAAAGUAAAGGUAUAGUUUGAAGGAAAGCUGAAGAAAAAACUUGCCUAGAACAAAUGAGGAGUUAUAUAUUUUACUAGGACUUUCCAUAGAAAUUCAGCUACUACCCAAAGAGGGAAAGGUCCAGUCUUCCUGUUAACAUGGGUGAUACCUUUUUUCUUAGCUGACAUGCCUUAAAGGCCAGCUGUGUGAUAUUAGAGGAAGAGAGGAUUUUCCUUUUUAAUGAUCUUUCUUGGAAAGUUUUUAUGGCCUUUAUUUAAUUUCUAACUACAUACCUGGUGCCUAUAUCAGAGAAAGGAGAAUGAGAAGAGCAUUUUUACUUUUUUUAGAAAACAAAUACAUAUGUGCACAUACACAUACAUGAUGAUAGUAUAAUAGUGAUGCCUAUGGAGAAGUAAAGAGGUAAGAAAGCUACUCUGUAAAGAGAUACUUGUGGAGCAUGUAUAGUAGGAAUGAGGGAGCGAGCCUUAAAAGAGGAUGUUCAGUCUGGGUCAUUUAAAAAAUAAUAACUGAAGCGACUCAUUAAAAAUCUUAGAAAAACAGUAUUUCUUAUAAUAGCAAUGGUGAGGUAAGUUGCCAUAAUCCAGCUCUGCUCAUGUCAAUCUAUUCAAAAAACUUUGAGGGGUAAAGGUAAAUAUUACCAGUAUCAGGGCUAUGCUAGUGACUUUUUUGGUACCUCACAGUCCUGUUAAAGAAUUAGCUGGAACAAUUGUGGUCAGGGCUAUGGUGAUGGGGCCACUCUAACCCAGCGAGAAAAUUCAGAAAGAACAAAAGAUAGUACCUCCAAGGCAGCACCUGAACCCUCUCAGGCUGUCAACCAGUCUUUUUGGUUUCUAGUAACAGGCAAAGCUGAGAGAAGGAACUGCCUCCCUGGUAGGGUGGGCAUGAACUCAGCUCUGCUUCUGAUUUAGUUAAAAUGAGAGGGCCUGGAUUGGUAGUUGUUUUUUUUUUUUUUUUUUGAAGCUGCUAAACACUGGUUAUAUCUUUUAAUUAAUAAGUUGUUUUGCAUGAAAAGGGAGGAAAAAUGUUUUAUUUGCUUUAGGGGAGAGGGAAAUUUGGUGGGUGCUUCACAGGGCCUGGAAGGAGGAUAUGGAUGAAUGGAUACUAGGGAAUACCAGGGACAUUUGUGAGGCGGGAACCAUCUUGUUCAUGUUCAUUCAUUUAAGGUUGGUUUUAAGCACUAAGGAUAGCUGAACCAAGAGAAUUUUCUAGCUUUAAGAAAGUCAUUUCCGUUCUCCAAAUAUACUGGCCAUACUUAGGCCUUAUAUAAUUUUGACAGCAAGAUUAUGAGGACUUUCCCUCAGGCAAUGAAUUCUAUUCAAUUUUUAGCAUGGUUGCUCUGGUAACUAAACAAAUGUUGAUUGGACAUCAGCUUUGUCAAAACAUUUUACAAACAAGUAAAAUGCAUAUCAUCCAUCCCAAAGGGCUUUUCAGUUCCAAUCAGAAGAGAAUGCUUAAAAUGGAAUUAGCCACACAAGCAGGACAGUGUAAGUUGGUGUCAAGUUCAUAUUGUAGAAAGCAAAAGAGAAAAGUUCCUGAGAACUGGGGCGUUUGAGAAAGUUCCAUGGAGGAAGGAGACAAGUUAAGGACCCUUGAGAAGCUCAUAGUCUAGUUCAGAGAAUUCAUAAACAAGUAAAAAGUUAAUAAUUGGAAAUAAUAAUAAAAGAAAUGGUACCAUGCAGAAGACAAUGCAGCAACAAAGAAGAUACGCAGCCAACUAUCAUAUUUUUUUUAGAUAUUCAGAAAAAGAAAGCUGUCACAUAAUGGCAUCAGACUAGAUUGGAAAGAGAAGGCUUUUAAGACUAAAAGGUCCAGUAAGAUCAGGCUGCCUCUUAGUCAACUGUUGGUAUUGGGAGAAACUUGCUUUAAACAAUCCUGGCAUAACUUAUGCCUUUUAACCUGAACUGUUCAGUACCUUUGAGACUCACUCAGACAGCUGGACUCAUGGUAGGUUCCACGGAGAAACACUGACAGUAUUCCAGUUCUCAGUUCAACCAGCCACACUAAGGAGGCACAGCCUCUGGUGCCCGCUCUGUGGCUGAAGGUGCAGCUGCUUCCGUGGUGUGCAUGCUUACACCUCCCAGGAUUCUUCUCAGGAUUGGACAUUAACUCCUGAGAGGACUUUCAGACAUGCAAAGUGAAACAAAUGGCAAGCAGGAAAGAAAAGCUCUUUAGUUUUUUGUUUGUUAGUAUAUGUAAAUAAAAAAACACCUAUCCUAUCCCAUUGUUGGUAGAAGUUUUGCUUUGGUUGAUAAUAGGGACUCUGAUGCACUUUAAUAAUUUAGAUUGUCUCAGAAAUCAAGUAGCAUUUAAAGAUCAAUAUAUUAAAGUUUUAGGCAGGUACACUAAUUCUGAUUUUUACGGAAAACUAAAAUUAUCAUAGAUGAGGUAUUAGGAUCCAUUAUAGAUUGUCAAAAAAAUUCAUGUUCUUUAUAGAUUGAAUCUAAUAUUCCUGCCAUUUUAUAGAUUGUAAUAAUGUUCCUACUACCUAAUUAUUAUGUUCAAAGUUUUGAAAAUAGAACAAAGAUAUUUUGAAAACCCUAUACUUUAAAACAUUUCUCUAUAUUUUUUAUUCUGUAUUGUAUAUAAUUCCAAUAAGAUAUUGUUUGCUUUGUUUCGAUUUUCUUUUCCUGCAAAGUUUUAACUUCUGUGUUAUUGAUUUAACUUAAUUAAUUUUGCCAUCUAGCCAUGUAUAAUGGAGAAAAGAAGUUAAUAUUUGUUAUUGUGUUCUAUGUCAGGGACUGUACCAAACCUGAAUUGGUACACUAUUUGCUCAUGCCUCACAACUCUGAGAUUUAAGUAUUGUUAGAAAGAGACUAAAGAUGAGAGAAUAAAUUACUUCUUAGUAGAAUCAAGACUUAAACUCAGGACUUCUGGUGCCAGCAUCAAUGAUACUUCUUCACUGGUAGUGGUUCUCAAAGCAAGAUUUCUGGACAAAAGCAGCAGCAUUACUGGGAACUUGUUAGAAAAGCAAGUUCUUGAGCUUCAUCCCAGACCUACUGAAUCAGAAACUCUUAAGCGUGGCACCCAGAAAUCUGUGUUUUAAUAAUCCCUCCAAGUGACUCUCUUUCAUGCUAAAGUUUAAGAUUCACUGCUCUGUACCGAUAAUUAAUUGUCCCCUUUUCUCAGGUUAGAAUCACCCAGAGAGCUUGGAAAAGUCCUUAUGUCCAGGCUGCACCCCAGACCAAUUAAGUAGGGAUCUCUGGGAGUGAGACUGAGGCAGCAGUAAAAUAAAGUUCAUCAGGUAUUCCCAGUGUCCAGCCUUAGUUGAAAACAUUCUAUGGCAUUUAAACCUAGACACUAUUUAAAUCAUUAAGUUAUAGACAGACAUUGCUCCAGCCAAAAUGAAAAACUUCACUUGGGCCUUUCCAGAGCCCAGCUCUCUGAGCUUCUGUCCCAAGUAAGAAGUGGAACAUUCUUUCCCUCCUGAUUUGCUAAGUACUGAUCAACCUACAGCAAAAUGUAUGAUUAGUGAAAACUAUGAUCAGACUUACUCUGUUGUAGAGGUGAACUUUCUGUCUCAUAUUUAGAUCUUGAAUGUAUUUACCACAUAAACACAUACAAAACUAUCCUUUUUAUCUCAGUCCACUUUCAUCUUCUCUCUUUGGGCCUGAAUAAAGACCAGAAAACUGAUAGACAGCUAAAACGUAUUGUAAGCAUCAUUACUGGAAGAUUCCACAGAACAAUCUGAGAAAGACCUAAUAUCAAAUCCAAUCAGAUGAGUUCUGAGACUAAUUCUAAUAGUUUUAAACUAGGGACAUAUGUUUUUCGACAGUAAAUAAGCAAUUUUUAAAAUAUAUUUAAGGAAGUGAAGCAACAUACAGGACUAUAAGGCUGUCAAGUACAUGGGGAAGUAGAUAGAGUUCAUGUUGUUUCAUGUAGAGCCAAUAAAGAUUGUAUUCUAGUCAAUUUUAGUGGAAAUUUAUCUUUGGACAGAGGGUUUUUUCUCUUCCUUUAACAAAUAGCUAAAGAGUGCUUACUGUGUGCUAGGUGCUGAAGAUACAAAGAUAAAAUACAGUCACUCUAAACUGAAAUAACUCAGCAUAUUAGAGUGGGGGGAUAUUUAUGGGUGCUCUUGAUGUUAAAAGUAUUUUUCUAACAUUACCUAGAAGAUUGAGUUACGAAGCUCUCUGCCUUUUACCUAUAAUAGGUUUAGUUUGGUUGCUAUCCUGGGUUAAUCCCUUUUUACUGUUUCUAUUUUAAUUGUAAAUCUUUACAUCCAAAAGGGCAAUUAUGAUCAAAAGGAAGACAGUAUUUUAAGGAAUUCUCUGAUCAGAACCAGAUUCUUAACUGCUAUAGACUCUCAUGUGAUGUUGAUAUUUAUGUAUAGAAUACAAAGCACUUGAUCUGCUUACCUGAUGCACUUAAUGAUACUGUAUAAAAACAUAUAUCAUAAGAAAGCAUUGCUGCUUCUAAGGAAUCAAAUUAUAGCAAACACUAGGUCUUGUUUCUAAAAGUUUUCCACAAUGUUCAUGUUCUUUUUCUUUUCACAGGGGAAAAGGGAAGGGUAGAGGGCUGAAAUAUGUUUUCUAAAUGCAAGUCAAUUAUCAAGCAACUUUGCAUUUGCUGUAAUCAUUAAAUUUAUUGACUAAUCACAGGAAAAUGGGAUGAUCCUUCUUCCUAGUGUGCAGAUUUUCAAGUGGAGACACAGAAUUGAAUCCCAUUUUAAUCUUCUAUCUGCAAUGCUGAUUGCAUAUGAAAUUUCUACUGGAUACAUGUGCAUUUUACCUCCAGGCUAUGUUCUUCUAAAAUUAUUUUCCUUAUGAAACUUGUUUUGCUGCCUUUGUACUUGAUUCUAAUGUCACAUUACAUCCGUGGAUGUAAACAGCAGUCAGUUUCUCAGAUCUAAUAGAGCCCUAUGUAGAGCAACUUGGAAGACAUGUGGACAUAAAACACUAGGGAAUAUCACUACAGAUUAAAUAUGUUAAUGAGCCAUCAAAAUCUAUGAUGAUCUCUUUUAAGCUUUGCUAUUUGAUACCAGAUAACAGCAAAUGAAAUAAUAGAGUACCUAACUGUGCCUAGCCAGUGCCAGUAUUGGCAUUCAAUAAAAACCUGUUGAAUUUGUCA